AUGUACAAGAGCAAAUUGGUUGAUAUCCAUAUUCACCCGGCCAUACCGCCCGAGGACCAAGCACGCCAGAAUUACACAUACGAACCCUUACCGGCUGAGACAAUUCCACCCAUCGGGCCGAACCUUCUCAUGCACCUGUUUGAGCACCCAGACCACGCAGAAAUACUCCCUAUUUUAUACAAGAAGAUCCCACAAAAGCUGCGAGCCCAACUGGAGGCCUGCCCCAUAAAAGGCAGCGCGGUUGGCUGGGGACUGCAGUUCGUCGAAGGUACGAACUGGUUUCAUGUCUUCCUAUGUGGGUGCCUGGGCUUCAUCUCGGCCCUGCUCUUCGCUGUGGUCUGGUCUAUUGUGCGCAGAGACAUUCAGGGCGGGUUUGCUAUCAGUGGUUUCAUGCUUGCUUUCUUGGGCUUUUGUCUUGGUAUUGCCCGGACAGAGGCGGCCUGA